AUGUCUUCGGCUGUAGCAGAACUGGAGAAUUAUCUCCAAUCCAUGCUGGCUUUAAAGCCACCUGGUGUCUCUGGUACCAAGAUUCAGGGUAUCACAGCGCUAUGCACUGCCAACGUCCAGAAUGAAUCUGUCUUGAUCCAGAAAAUCUACACUCACUUCAAGAAGACUCCGGGUACUCACAAGCUGGGCGUACUCUACGUCGUAGACUCCGUAACCCGACAAUGGGUAGAACUCGCACGCAAAGCUGCCCAGCCCUCUGGAAGCGCGGCUCCGGAUGGAACAUUCGCGGCUGGUGUGAAUCGAGUGACUGAAUUGUUACCGGUAUUGAUGACCGACAUCAUUAACAACGCCCCCAACGAUCAAAAGGAGAAGAUCAAAAAGCUCAUUGACAUCUGGGAGCGUGGCGGUACUUUCCCCACCACCAUGUUAGCCUCGUUCCGCGAGAAACUGAAUGCGCCGGCACAGAACGUCGAAUCUACGACUCCCGAGGGGUCCCCUGCACCGGGCUCCAAUCUACUCGGUGGCCCUAUCGCUCAGUCUCAAUCUCAACCUUCCGCCAACGGGUCCGGAGCGGCCCCCGACACUUCCAGUAUCCUGAAGGCUCUCGCCGACAUGGCCAAGCAGAGCUCCACUGCCGCCGCUACUCCCGCCGCCCCAGUCGCCCCGGCAGCUCCUGCUCCCCCAAACCCACUGGCUGCUUUGACGGGCGUCAUCCCUCCUAUUCCCUCCGCUGAAUCUUCAUCGGCCACCCCUGCGGCCAAUCCGUAUGCCGCCAUGACUGCAAACCCAUAUGCCGCUCUCGCUGGCAUGGCGCAGAAUCCGGCCAUGCCCGCUCAGCCUCAAAGUCAGAGCAACACUCCCAACCCUUUGACCGCCGCUCCUAAUCCGUUGGCCGCUAUGAUGUCGCAGCAGCCGGGUGCGAUGCCUGGUAUGCCGGAUGGAAAUGCAUUUUCUCAACAACUUCAGCUGCUGCAAUUCCUGUCCACCCAAGGCAUUCCCCAGGACCAGUGGGCCACUGCCCUUCAGCUCCUCAACAUGUCUGGAGCGAUGGGUGGUGCAAAUCCCGCCGCACCGAUCCCCGGGUUCCCGAUGAUGCCCGGACAGGCGCCUGCUCCCGCUGGUGCUGGUGGCUGGGGCCAGCCGGACGCUCAAGGCCGUGACGACCGUGACCGCGAUCGCGAUCGUGACUUCCCUCGCUCCCCAAACGGUUACCGUCGCCGUUCCCGCUCCCCUGGCUGGGACCGUCGUCGCACUGCUUCCCCUCCUCGUCGCCGUGACAGCCCUGUGUACGGCGAAUACCACGGGGAUUCCCCUGGCCGCCGAGGUGACCCCCGUGACGCUCGUGGAGGUCGUCGGGGCGGAGGUGACUAUCGUCAACGCAGCCCCCCUGGAGGCCGCCGCCGUCGCACUCCUUCUCCUCAGCGCAACAAGGAUCCUAACCUGCCCCCUCCCGGUCCUAAGCUGAUUGAAUGGGACUACUCCAUCGGCCAGGGCAACAUCAAGGUUCUGAGCCGCACCCUCUUUGUCGGUGGCGUGACUUCCUCCGAGGCACACCUGCGCUCUCUCUUUGGCCAGUUCGGUAUCGUCCAGACCUGCAUCGUCAACGUCGACAAGCGUCACGCCUUCAUCAAGAUGAUCAGCCGCCCCGAUGCGGUUGCGGCCCGUGAUGGCAUGGAGUCCUACCGACAGGGGGAGAUGCAGUUGCGCACCCGUUGGGGUGUUGGCUUCGGACCCCGUGACUGCAGUGACUACCAGACCGGAAUUAGUGUGAUUCCUAUUGAGCGUUUGACCGAGGCCGAUCGCAAGUGGAUGCUGACUGCCGAGUAUGGAGGCACCGGUGGUCGACCCAUCGAGUCGGGCAUGGUUGUUGAAGAACCAGACAUUGAGAUUGGUGCCGGUGUGUCAUCCAAGGCGAUCAGUCGCCGCAUCGCCACUGACACCGGCGGCCGCCGGGGCCCUAUUUCGUCCCGCGGUGGUCACGAACAAGGCCCGCAACGAUUCGGUGGCGGUGGCCGGGGUCGCUUUGACCGCGAUGGAUACAGUGGUCCCGCCCACGGCUCACACGGCCAGGGUCAGGGUCAGGGUCAUGAUCAACACGACAUGUCGGGUGCGCCCAACCCGGGUGUUCCUCCUGCCGUCCCUGCCUAUGGUUUCAACUUCCCUGGAAUGCCUGCUAUGCCUUUCUUGCCUCCGGGCUUCAUGAUGGGCAACGCACAGCAGCCUGGCAGCCAGCCCCCGCCUCCAGGACAGGGCAAUUAG